UGGUGGUAAACCCGAGUCGUGCACAAUACAUGAAUAAACCCACAGGGUGUCAAGCGGGAUUUUGGCAGUGUGAUCAACCCUAUGUUCUUGGCGAAAGCAUGGCUGCCAGUAGUACGGGUUUGUACCUAGCCACAAGUGUUCCUUCGUCGUUGAAUCUCAACCACAUCGUGGGCAACCACGGGAUGAGAGAUAUGAGGGACAUGCGAGAAAUGCAAGUUCAGGCGCCGGUCUCACAGCCUACCCAGUACUCACCCAGAGAGAUGGAUAUGAAAUACAUGCCACCACAACACCAGAACGGGCAUCUGGGUCAUCUUCACAACCACUGGAACGGAAUGGACCAGGGUCACUGGUCGACCAUGGGUGGAAUGCACACGCAGGAUAUAAAACCAACGCAAGUGAAUGGUAUUCUUGACGGACACACAGGUACGCUGCACCAUCGGCCUCCCCAGCAAAUGCAUGCCCCACCCUCGUGGCACAACCCCGUCUCGACGUCGCCGCACCUGCAGUUAUCCAACGGGACGGGCCAGCUCCAGCACCCGUCGUAUAUGAAUAUGCACAACGGGAUGAUGUCCUCACCCCACCAGAUGCACCUUAGUGACCUUGGCGACCCGGACCGGGACCUAGAGAACCACGAGCACCACCAGUCGGACGAGGACACCCCGACCUCCGACGACCUGGAACAGUUUGCCAAACAGUUUAAACAGAGACGUAUUAAGCUGGGCUUUACUCAGGCCGAUGUAGGGCUUGCCUUGGGAACCCUUUACGGUAACGUUUUUAGUCAAACUACCAUCUGCAGGUUCGAAGCGUUGCAGCUGAGUUUUAAAAACAUGUGCAAGUUAAAACCGCUGUUGCAGAAGUGGUUGGAGGAGGCCGAUUCUACUACCGGAUCUCCAACAAGUAUUGACAAAAUCGCAGCACAGGGAAGGAAAAGGAAAAAGCGAACAAGUAUUGAAAUAACAGUCAAAGGAGCGCUGGAAAGUCACUUUCUAAAACAGCCUAAACCCGCGGCUCAAGAAAUCACCGGCCUAGCGGAUUCGUUACAGCUGGAGAAAGAGGUGGUUAGGGUGUGGUUCUGCAACAGGAGGCAGAAGGAGAAGCGGAUGACGCCGCCGGGACCCCUGGGUCCAAACGGAGAACUUAUGAUGGGGUCUGGGGACGAGAACUCGGUGCUGGGGGAGAGUCCUCUCCAAUCUCACAUGUCUUCAAGCCCUGGUCCUCAGAACCACAACGGCGGAGGGUCGCCCAUCUUAUCCAGUAUGUCUCCCCAUGGACUAAGCCAGUCACAGGGACAACUUGCUCAGUCUCAUUACCCCCACCUCCAGCGCAUAGAUCAUUCCCCAUCACAGACUAAUAUGUUAAACCAUUCUCCGCCUCUCCACUGACUAUAAAAGAGAAACAUAGAACUGGAUUUCGGACUUCGAUGCCUCAGUUUUAAAAGUGGAAAGAAUAUAAUUUCAGUGUUUUGUUUUGAAAAUUACUGUCUUUUUUCCGCUUUGAAAACAUGUGCAACUGUCCCAAGUAGGGCCAAGACGACUAAAACAAAAAAUCAAAUGAGUGAACAAAACAGCCUGAUGUCUGGGGGAAGGAAAAGGACACCUACGAGGUGAUCUUAAACACUCUUGUUGUUUUCUGUGUGUGUGUGGUGAUAUUUUCAUUUCAUUCGUGAUGGUAAUUUCUGGGGGAAAAGUGUAUUAUUAUGGUUUGGUAACAGAGGUGAGUAAGUGACCAUAGUCAUAAUAUACUUGUAGGUGAUAGCAAGCGAAAGGAACGCCUGUUUUGUGUAACCCGACUCUCUCCUAUGUACGUUUCGCCCGACACACUAUACAGGGUAUGUGUAUUUAAAUGUUUGCUUCACGGACUGUUGGCGAUAUGAUACCGUGUCGUCGAAACCUUCAUGGGACCUGAACCCGUUGUACAGCUCACAACUAUUUAAACCAAGAAAGGUACCAUAAUUUUAUUUCGACUCAGAGUCUGUGUAUAUAUUGAUGAAUGUGAGGAAGAUAAGUAGUUGUUAGAUCUAUUUAAAAACAUUUUGCAAUCUCGUCCGUGUUUGCCGAGUCUCAUAAAUUCCUCGGACGAAUUCUGUUAUUUAUUUUAUUUUGUAAAUAACCGGUUUCGAAGCAUAUAAAACUAAAAAAAGUAAAAGUGAUGGUAAUCAUAUUUAAACAAAGGAAUAUUGUUCGUGAUUAAAUCACAAGAUAUUUAAGUAUUUUAGUCAUACGUUUAUAUGAUGUAUGUGUAUUCAUGAAACAGUAAUCUUAUUUACUGUAGAUCAAGUUCAUUUGUUUUAAUUUUUACAUUCCGAAAACAAAAGUUGAUUUAAAAAAACAAAUUCUAUUAGUCCAUUUACUCGGCACUAGGAUGAUGAUUCUUAAUAUUAUUAUGAACAAAAUAAAUUAAUUAUUAAUAAUUUAUUACUGUUGAAUUUCACCGUGGAAUACUCAUUAUGAUUUCGAUUUGACAGAGCUUCCAGCACAGAAUGGUGAAUUUUCCCUUGUUAUUCCGAAGAACUAUCAUUCACUGUGAAAAGGCAGGAUCUCUUUUUGUCCAUUUUCCUUGUUUUUCAACAACCAGUUAAUGCUUUUCACUUGCAGGAACGAUCACUAUCUGGUUUGUCUCCGCUAUUUAAACCAUUGAAAUAAAUCGAUUUGUAAUGAG